AUGUACUCCACAUAUACCACAGCUGAACGCCAUGGUUACAGUGUGCAAUUUUCAACAUUUGAAACAGAUCGACUACUGCUUGCAACAAGCCAACUUUAUGGUUUAGCAGGCGGUGGCUCUCUUUUUCUUUUACAGCAUCUUCCACACAAACAGGGUCUCAGCGAGGUCGCACGUCUCGAAUGGUCUGAUGGUCUUUUUGAUGUAGCCUGGUGCCCCUAUGGCAAUAAUAUCGCCUGUACUGCUUCGGGUGAUGGUUCAUUGCAAAUCUGGUCGGGUCUGGAUAUACCGUAUGAUGAUUCCGACAGUUCCGAUUGUUUGAAAAUGCCCCAAAAACCAGUAAUGUGUUUGCGUGAACAUAAAAACGAGGUAUACAGUGUGGAUUGGAGUGAAAAAUGGAAUUAUCAUCAGAUUCUAUCGGGCAGUUGGGAUGGUGCGAUUAAGUUGUGGGAUUGUAAUCGCCAAAAGUCGGUAGCCACCUAUAUGGGUCACUCCGAUUUGAUAUAUAGUGCAAAAUUUUCGCCCUUAGUGGCAAAUAUAUUUGCUAGUGUAGGUACUGAUGGUUUAUUAAACUUAUGGAAUUCUUUUGAUUUUUCAGGUAAACCUUUGAUGUGCAUUAAGGCCGCUCAUGAUGCAGAAAUCUUGUCCUUGGAUUGGAGUCAAUUCGAUCGCAAUGUCUUGGUUACCGGAGGAGCUGAUGGUCUAGUGCGUGGCUGGGAUUUGCGGAAUAUGCGCCAACAUGUGUUUGAAUUGUUUUCGGGAGAAUUUGCUGUCAGACGUUUGGCCUUUUCGCCGCAUAAGGCUUCAGUUUUGGCCUCGGCUAAUUAUGAUUUUACCACUAGAAUUUGGGACUUUGGUGUUUCUUCGGAUGCCAUUGAAGUUCAUGAACAUCAUACAGAAUUCGUUUGUGGUCUAGACUGGAAUGCUGCAACACCACAUCAAUUGGUCGACUGUGGCUGGGAUAGUGUGGUCAAUGUUUUUACACCUAAAUCCUUAAAGCUUUGAACGUUAGAGUUGAAACAACAGAGAACCCAUCCAUGAAUUGACAAAUCAAUCAAUUUGGCCUUAAACUGUAAAUAGUAACGAAGAAGAAAGGAAGACGAAAAGAACAACACACAAGUGUGAUUAUAACCAAUGUGCCACCAAAGUGCUCCACCAAGCCGAUUAAGCAGCAUGUAGUAACGUUCGAUACGUUAUACAACAAACGAAAUUAACGCCAUUUCCAAGGGGCAUUCAAAGAAGAUUGAAUAAAAUUGAAUUUGAACGUUUUUCGAAAAGAGUUAAAUUUUAAGAAAAUGUUUCAAAGUUAAGUUAUGUGUACGCGGUUAUUACAUCUUACAAUGUUGUCAGAAAAUUUCACACGAUUGUUAGAGGUUUUCUGAAAAUAUUUCUGCUAACGUUGUAAGAUCUGACAAUUGUGUAUACGUAGCUUAACAUUUAAAAACAUGAAUAAUGUUUAGAAAAGUUGUAUUCUGUAAAUCAGUAUUACAAAUUUGUUUUCUAGAGACUUAAUCAAACCAUUAACUCCACUCAAUAUAUUUAUGGCUUUCAAAACAUUACUGGGUAAUUCACAGUCUACUUUAGCUCGUUGUAUUGUUGUAUAACAAAUAAUUAAAUAAAUAUACGUCAAUACAACGAUACAAUACAGUUAGUGAAUUGGUCAAAUGUUUUGAAUAUUUCACCAAAGUGUCCUUACACAGUUAAUCAUUUCUAUUACAAAAUUUUAAAUUUUGAAAUCAUGUAUCUUCUUUUCAAAUGCAAUGUGGAAAUGGUGUAUAAUAUAUCGUUCAUAAACAACAAGCACGUUUGGAUAAAAUUGAAUAUAUAGCAAAGCUAAAGCUGAACUGUUUUAAAAACGUUAAUAAUGUGAUAAAGAAAAAAAAUAAUAUUCGAAGAAAUAAUCCCAGUUAUUAAUAAAACUAAUAUUAAAAGUCGUAUGUUUAACAAAAUACAUAGAAUUUUAGGUUAUGUAAAUAUAAUAAUUACUAAUAAUAACACUUUUUAACACUAAACUAACAUUUAGCGA